UAUAUAGCAGGGCUCGAGUUAACGAAGCUUGGAAUUGCUUCAUGCCACCGGCCAUGCAUUGAACUAGCAGGCCACGGGAGUCCCAUUUUGGCUGCAUGCCAUGACAUAUUCUAAUGUUCAUGCAGGGCGCGCUGAUAUCGCCGCCCUAUCUCAAGAAAGCCAAUGCGCCGCUUACCGGGUGGGAGGACGCGGCGGCUUCUUUCUCGGAGCCGGCAAGCUGAAGUGUGGAUAGAGUUGGGAUUCCAGGGAGCGCCCUGCAUUCGCUCAGCACGGUGCCUGGCUUCCGUUGCAUGACAAGCAUGCGCUAACACCCUAUUUCAGGGCUUAUGGAACCGGGACAAGAUCCAGCCCAAUCAAGUUCUUGUUUGGUAUUCAUACCUGCAGCUACCUUUUUCCGCGUGGCACUCUCUGCGGGAGAUCUUGUACUUUCGGGUAACAUCUGCACAAGUUCAUCCUCGUUGCGCAGGACUGAUCACUUGCUCGUCCUCGUAUCACUCGAUGAUCGCUGGGCGGCGCAGCAAUGCUCAAUGCGAGACGUCACCAUUUACCAGGCUCAGCAAGUCCAAGCGGCACUUCGUAUGUAUGUAUGUACUCUGAGCUGUCCUGUGAUGGGGACCCCAUACCGUUAUCUGCAAGAAAUGGCCUCGCGUUGUCUUAGGGGGUCUGAUUUCAAAAAGGGUAUCUCGUGUUCUACCAUGAUUUGGGUAUCGAGCCCUUCUUUGAUGUCACUCGGUAGGCCGACGUGGCCUGUGUUGGUAAUUUUUAGACCCUUAAUCCGUGUUGCAGGGCGAGGCAAUUGAAAUCCUCAAGCGCCAAGCCUCAGCCACCCUCCUGGCCUCCCCACAACCACACACCCAGCCUUUGCGCUGUCCGAAACAACUUCAAGACGCCG